AUGCCUAGAUGCUUCAGUAAGUCUUCAUAAAGUGGCAACAAACGAGAAACACUCAAAAAAACAAAAUUACAGUACCCCGAUCGUAUUCGCAUCCAUUUCUGAUCCUCAUCUCCGUCUACGUCCUCUAUCUAUUCUCGCUUUCACCCAAUCGACCAAAUCCAGCGAGUCGGCCUGCAAAAUACACGAAAACUAGUGUUUUUCAUCAAUCAGGUACGGUAGGAGUACGGUAGUCUCCAGAACUUACGCGAUAAAGCGACGCUUGAAGGGUGUUUUAAAGAAAAAGAAAAAAAAAGAAAAUGUUUUGCCGAAUUAGCCACGAAAAACCGAUGUGUCUCUCGAAAAAUCGAGUAGGUCAAAUCGAAUUGUUUCGAGUAGGUCAAAUCGAAUUGAAGAUCAAAUUUGGUCGCCCUUCACAUUGAUCCGUUUGAACGGUUUCCCCUGAAACUGCGUUGAUUUCAGUCGUUCGAGCGCAGAAAUUUCGAGUUUUCGAACUAAAAUUCGAACUAAAAAUUUCGAACUAAAAAGUAAGUUUUUUUCGCAAAAGUUUGUCAAAUACAGUGAAAGUAGGUCAAAUAUGUAGGUCACUGGGUCACCACGAAAAAUAGGCCAACUCGCUUCAAGCUAGGUAACAAAGUCAUCUGAAUUUAGGUUACUGGGGCACUGGGUUAGUAGGUCAAACCAAAAAACCGGGAUAUCGACCAGUGUUGAGCGGAAUUCCGACUUCCGUCUUCCGUCUUCCGUCUUCCGGGAUUUUUCUUCUUACCGUAAAAGAGUAAUCGCUUUUCAGAAGCCAUUUACUAGCCCCAAAGAACGCAAAUUUCCACGGGCAGUGACCCAGAUUCAAAAUUUUUGUUGCUUUAGGUAUUUUUUUCAAAAAAAAAAAAACCGGAAAAACCGGAGAAGAAAGUUCUGCAUUGACGAUUUUUUUGUUCCGUCUUCCGUUUUCCGUGUUCCGUAAAAAAAAAUUCUUACGUCUGUCGUCUGCCAUCUUCCGGAUUUCAAAAUUCUAUUUCCGCUCAACUCUGCUGUGCAGACGUAUAGUUUUUUCAAAUUUUCUUUCAGGAAGCGAAGCGACCCUGGAAAAUUGUCCAUGGCGUGUGGAACCACUGAAGAAUGUGAUUGACACAACGGACAUUUUGGAAACAUCCGGACAAAAGUUCAUUUUUUCCGAUUUGAGUUAUAGUCAAGGUGAGAAUUGUGUGAAAAAAUUAAUGUUUCAAAGAAAUGCGACUUUUUUGGAAGUCAAUUAAUGAUUUUGAUGAUGGUGAGAUUUGUGCCCAUAUUGUUUUAAUCGGUCAGUGAUCCACAUAUCUCGGGACCAGAUGAUGAUCCGAUCGGGCUGAAACUUGGUCCCAAUGGCCCUCAAUCCAUGCCCAAGAAGUCUGCAAAGUUUGGACCCGAUCGGAUCACUCCAAUUGCCCAGCCCUGCUAAAAACUUUUUUGUAUGAAAAGCUAAAUUUACAAAUAUUUUUCUAUGAGCAGAGUUCAUUUUGCUUUACAUUUCGUCAGUUGAUCACAUUUAAUGAAAACAUUUUCUAAAAGAUAAAAAUUCUUCCGUUGAGUUCUUCCGCUCAACUCUGAUUUCUACCCCCGAUCAAUAGAUAUUGUAGGUCUCGGCAACGUGAUGUUCCAAGUGUCCGGACUGUUUUCGAUCGCCCGCAAAUCGUCGGCCGUCCUUUUGAUUCCCGCUUCCACUUUGCUCCGACGCGCGUUCGAUUUUCAGACGAAUUUCAACGAUUCCAUCAGAUUUUUGGAUGAAAAUACUGUGGCAAGACUGAAAAGUAGACUGGAUCAAUCGAAAAUCACUCUUUCGGUAGGCUGGACUUUUCAAAUGAAAAUGAUGUGAAAUGCGUUUUCAGAGCUGCUGUGCGUACCGUGAAUUCGACGGAAAACUAUUUGAGGGCGGCAGAAAAAUCGAAAAAAUCGACGGAUACUUUCAGAAUUUCCGUUAUUUUCAUCCGCAAUCCGAGAAAAUCGUCAAGAAAAUGUUCACUUUUGUGGAGCCCGUCCGCAAAUUGGUGGCCGCGCAUUUUCUAGGCCAUCGGGAAUAUAAUUCGUUUAUUUUUGAAGGUCGACCAAUUUCUGGAGAAUGUGGGCGUUUCUUUGACCGUCCGAAGUGCGCGAAUGAUCGAAACGAACGUGGCGAACGACGAUCAGGCGCUCGAAAUGCCCGAAGAAGACGGUAUUCGUUUUAUCGAUUUUUUUUUCGACAGUUUCAGAUUCCGUUGAAUGAAAUUUUUGUGGUAAGCGCAAAAUAUUAGCUGUAUGGAUUUUGUUGAUCAAAAAAAGAGAUCAAUAAUACAAAUUCAACUCAGUAUUAUUGAUCUCAUUUUUUUUCAAGUCAUUUAAAGUUUGAAACAAAAAUGUUCUAAAAAUGCAGCAUUUGCAAAGACGAUGAUAGUGGGCGUGCACAUCCGUCACGGAAUGGACAUUUCGAUGAAUUCUCGGAAUCGGAAGCACGGACACGUCGACGCGCCCAUCGAAUACUACAAAACGGCCAUCGCACAGAUUGAGAGCCUCUACGAGAGCGUUCGUUUCUUUUUUUCUUCUCAAAUUCCAACUUUUAAGCGCCUUUGCGUAUUUCAGGUCGCAUUCAUCAUUUGUUCGGAUGACGUGGCGUGGGCCAGAAGACACUUGAAGUUGCCGAAAGGUACGACGUCUUUUAAAGCGAUCGAUUCUAGAGUAAAAACAUUCUUGAAUCUAUGUUUAGGAACCGCAACGGUCUGUUCAAAGUUCUUGUUGGCAUGUGUUCCCCUACUCUAUAUGAGUGCGCUCUCAAUUUGUUUCUCGAAAAUUUUCGGUACACGCCGAGUUACACCCCUUUAAAGUUGGCCUGUUUUCUCCCCAUUCGUGUGGCUAAUUGGUGCAUGAAACCAGAGUGGAAACAUAUUAAAUUAACAGAAAUGAUGUUCAAAGAGAGCAAGAUAACUUUUAAGGGUGAAAGUUUCGAACCUGACACCUGCAGACUGCCGACCGAGCACACUGCCACUGUGCCAAUCGGGCGGAAGCGCGGCGACCCCCAAUGGCAAUGAAAAGCUCGGUUUACGCGGCCCCCUUCCAGGCGUGAAAUUAGUGUUUCUGCUCCCAAGGGGUCUAAAAUUCAUAUUUGAGUUCACAGAGAGUGUAUCUAUACAAAAUCCGAAAAUAAACACAGUACUGAGUAGUAGAACAUUCCAGAGACGGCGCACUUCUAUUGUCCGGGUCCCCGUGAGGUGGACAUGGCAAUUCUGGCCUCCUGCGACAGCGUCAUCCUCUCGACCGGCACUUUUGGCUGGUGGAGUGCCUAUUUGAAUGUCAAUGCUUCUCCAGAUGUACGUUAAGAACGCAUUUUAAUUGUUUUCCUAAUUCUUUGCAUUUUUCCAGGUCUACUACUACAAAAACUGGCCGGCCGCCGGUUCGAUGAUGGAGAAAAUGACGAACAAAUCGGAAUAUUUCUUGAAAAAUUGGGUCGCUUUGGAAUAA